AUGCCACCAACGUAUUCUACACCUGUAUCCCUUCUAACAUCCAUUUCAUCCGAUGGAAUAAUUAAUGUAUGGAUCUUAGAUGAGAUAUGGUCAAACAAAGAACAAACACCAAAUGUUACAAUUACUACACCCUUAGCAUCUUACGAUACUAAGAGCAGGCUAACUU